UAGAGCGUAAGAACUCUCUUUUUUCUCCCUCACUCCAAAGCAUGCCGUGCGCUAGAAAGAGUCUGACAAUCGGUUCUUCUGCUCUAUCCGUCUCGGUCAAACGCAUUGAUGUCUCUUUCUAUAUCACAAGCUGAAUUUCAAUCCUCUUGCGCAGUCUAUUCUAAUAUGUCUAUGUAAUGAGCAUUCGGGUCAGGUAGCAGUGAGCGCCUCUGGGCCACACACUGUUACCAGAAUGGAACUAUCCCUUUCGUUCGAGCGCUCGGCGAGUUCUUCUUCCCAUCUCUGCAUUUUUGUCCACAUUCUACUGUAUUUUACAUUCUAAAUGGUCAUUCAUAUGUGUACAGUUUUUCAUGUUUUUUGUGGGAUUCACUAUUCUGUAGUUUUUUCUGAUAAAAUCUAAUAAAACAGAUUAAACGAGAGUAAGGAUAUUAAUCAAAAGAAAAGUCAGAAUCAUGGCACCGCGAGUUAAUCUUCAACACCAGUUCAUCCUGAUUUCGAACAUUGAGAAAGAACCUGUACUGCUCACGAAAAAUUUUGAAAAAAUAUCGAAGGAGCAGUACAAAAGAAAAUGGAGAGAGUUGGCUGAAAAAUUAAAUGAUGUAGGGAAGGUGAAGAAAACAGCAGCACAGUGGCGAAAUUAUUUAAUGUCUUGGAAGCGGCGAGCAGAAAAGAAAGAUGAUGAAGAUGUUGAAGAAAAACGGCUCAAUGGAUUUGAGAAGAGGUUGCUGGGCAUUGUGUUGCUGGAAAAAGUAAGGAUUUGGAAGGCUAAGCAUUGUGUCGCUGGAAAAAGUAAGAAUUUGGAAGGCUAAAAGGAGUUUCUUUUAAUAAUUCAAUUAUAUUAUGGCACUGUUCAUUAUUAAAAAUUAUUAUU